GGGCGCCGCGGCAGUCAAUACAAGACCGUCCGCGUUACGGUACAGACCUCAUCGUCAUCGCCGCCGUCGGUCGUCGUCGUCGUCGUCGUCGUGCAGCUGUCGUGCGUUCGUGUGCGGCAAGUGCGCGGGUGCAGUGUCCGUCGUCUUACGCGGUACAGAACAAAACGUCCACUGUGUGUCGCGAGCAUCAUGACAACGCACUGACAAUACAAUAUUUUAUUAUCAAUCGGCCGGUGUAUGUGACCGGAAGUGUCGAACACCACCACUUCCGCCGCGGUACGCGUUAUUAAAUUUUCGUUCGAGUUUUCUCAAACGCCUCUAUAACGCGCCUCUACCGUGAAAUCUAGCAAAAGUCUAAUUACAUUAUAAUAUAUAUUACAUUAUAUAACGUCGAAUCGCGUUAACGUCUGUUGACAUUUUUAUUCACGCGGCCGUCAUGUGGCCGGAAGACUCACCACCGCGGAGUUUUGUCGUCACGUCGUCGUCAUCCGACGACUGCCGUCCACCGUCGUGUUAAACUAUCCGCCGCUGCGGAUUUUUUCGUCUGCUCCACACGGUCCGCUGCCAUGCGACCGUCGCCAGACCACCGGCUCCGCAUCGCCGCCGCAGUCGUCGCGGUCUGUGCCCUGGCUGUCUACGCGCCCACAGACGUCCUGUGCGGACAGGCCCCGCGGAUCGUCGAACAUCCCACCGAUAUGGCGGUCGGGCUCCACGAGCCGGCCACGCUCAACUGCAAGUCCGACGGUCAUCCGCAACCGGAAGUCCGGUGGUACCGGGACGGCCGUCCCGUGGACGUGGCCACCAGCGUCCGCAAGGCCCUGUUGCCGGACGGGUCGCUGUUGUUCCUGGAGGCGUCGCAGGGCAAGCGUGACUAUGACUCCGGCACUUACUGGUGCAUCGCCCACAACGCUUUCGGCGAGGCCGUCAGCAGAAAAGCCAACCUGGUCGUCACAUACCUGAAACAGGACUUUCGAGUGCAGCCCAAGGACGUGAAUCCGGCGUCCGGUGACACAGCCAUCAUGGAAUGCGACCCGCCCAAAGGACAUCCUGAACCAUCGGUGGCGUGGCACAAAAACGGUCAAGCCAUGCCGGCCGACAGCAAAAAAAGAUGGUACAUUGAAGACAAUGGAAAUUUGAUCAUUCGUGACGUGAACUCCGAGGACGACGGUUCUUAUACAUGUGUGGCUAGCAAUUUGGCCGGAGUCCGGAAAUCCAAACCGAUUUUGUUGGCGACUCAGAUACGUCCGUACAUGAUACAAGCCCCGAAGGACACUAUAGCUAUGGCUGGUUCCAGUGUACAGUUGCAGUGUAAAAUCGGCGGAACUCCUCAACCGGAAGUGUUUUGGAAAAGAAUAUCGAACACUGGGGUCGCGCAACACAUAAGGACAAGCCAUUAUAGGAAUGAGAAGCUUUCCGGGGACAGGGACACGUUCGAGCACGUUUACAUAACGCAAGACGGCAGUUUGAGAUUAGACAACGUGAGUCCGGAAGACGAGGGGAAGUACGUGUGUCACGCAGAAAAUCACCAGGGCAAAGUAAACGCCGCGUCUUCCCUCACUGUGCACUCUGUCCCAUUAAUCGCCCAAAGGCCUGCAGAUACACACGUAUCGGCCGGAAGCAAUGCGGUAUUCGAGUGCGGUGUCCGGGGUAAUCCCAUACCGACGAUUUUCUGGUCCUUGCAGGACAACGACACCGUGCUAUUCCCCGAGGAGAGCUGGAACGAAUUUCACGCCGAAGACACUAAAGAUUCCGUGUCCACGCUGGUCGUACACAACGUCAGGAAAGAACAACACGACCAGCUGGUCGUCAUGUGUUCGGCCAUCAACGAGGCGGGCUCGGACGAGUGGCGAGCAACGUUGACGGUGGCGGCGGCCGCGUACGACGAGUCUUUACCGCCGAUCAUCGAAUACGGACCAGCCAACCAGACGUUGCCUUACAGUUCGAUUGGUAAUCUCGUAUGCAAAGCGAUUGGAAACCCACAGCCCGUGAUCACGUGGUACAAGGACGAUUCGCCGCUGUCUACGGAAAUCGCCAGGAUCAACAUCACCGAAUCCGGCACACUCCAGAUAAUGAAUUUGCAAAAGAGCGACAACGGCGUUUACACAUGCGUGGCGUCUUCUGUCAACGGCAAGGCCACGUGGAGCGCUGAACUGAAAAUGGAAUCACCGAAAAACCCCAACGUGGGCUUUUUCAGGUCACCGGACACAUCGACGUUUCCCAGUGCUCCGAGCACGCCCGUUGUCGUCAACCACACGGACACGGCAGUCACCCUGUCGUGGGGUCGUAGCAGCAAGGUCGGAUCGUCACCGCUUCUCGGCUAUCAGGUGGAAAUGUUCUCUUGCGUCGAGAACGUCGGAUGGGUGACCUUGGUUCGGAGACUUCACUCGACUCACUACACACAGUCGUUCUUAAAGCCUGGCCAUUCUUACUUGUUCGUGGUGCGCGCUGAAAACUCGCACGGCCUCUCCGCGCCUAGCCACCUGUCCAACCGCAUCUCAUUGCCCACAGAAUACCGUCAGAGCGUAUCGUUUUCCCACGAUAUGUCCAUCGCCAAAUCUACUCUGUUCGGCGGCCAUAUCGUAGACCUCAUCGACAUAAAGACGGUCAGCUCAACUUCGAUAAAACUUUUCUGGGAGAUUCUCAACGGAGAGUUUUUGGAUGGUUUUUAUCUAUACUACCGCAGCAAGAACACGACCGGCCAAAAUGCCACGUUCAUGAAACUCUUGUCAAACGCCACUGAACUGUCGGGAGCGUACGUGAUCAACUCGCUACAGCCGUCGGUCACAUAUCUGUUUUUCUUGGUGCCGUACUACAGACACAUCAAAGGUCGACCGUCGAAUUCAAGAACCGCAAAAACUCACGAGGACUGCCCAUCUCGAGCACCUCAACACGUCGAACCGACUGCGUACAACUCCAGUGCGGUGUACCUGAAGUGGGAUCCGCCCCCGGACAACUCGCACAACGGUGUCAUUACCAGUUACCAGGUAGUCAUUCAAGGUGGCGUCAGUUGGGACGUGCUGAGCAACGUGACGGUCAGUGCCAGUACACCCACUCUGCUCUUAACCAACCUCACGUCGGGUGUGCGGUAUAAGGUCAUGAUAGCGGCCGCGACGAAAAUUGGUUUCGGCCCGUACACGGAUUCCAUCAUACUGCCGACGGAUUCUAUGAACCAAAUAAAUCAAUUUAACGACGCGGUCAUUGAUCACGAAGAAAUCAAAGAAUUCGUUGCUGAACCAUGGUUCAUCCUGUUGUUGGCCGGAGUCAUCACGUUAAUGGUCAUACUACUGGCCGCUGUACUCUUCGUCAGAUAUCGUCAGUUGGGUGCUAAAAAGUCACACUUAGGAGAUUCGUUAAACCCUGCCAACAAAUUGUCCUAUUCGUCUGGUUUCAAAACUUCGCUGGACGUGUCACACCGAGGACAGGUGGCUUCGUUUUUGCAGUCCGAACACAGCGUGUCGAACAGUCAACGGUGUCUAUUCAUCGACGCGAACUCGUGUCACAAACCCAAUUGGAUGCAUCAUGAUAUUGAUAGUAACGAAAAAGAUUCUAGCCAACAGCUCUUACCGGAAAUUGCUGACUAUGCAGAAGUGAAUCCGAACACAAUGAGUACAUUUUUAAAGGAUCGUGAACUGUCGUCUCCGGCUCCUUAUGCGACGACUACGUUGGUGUCAAACUCGAGUUCUAGAAAUAUGAGACGUAACUCUGAUGAUACAGCUUACGCUUCGGCGAAUAUUUAUAACCGUAAUCAGAACGUAUAUUCUGAAAGUGGGUAUAGCUGUUGUUCGAGCAAUAACGACUGCCAAGGCUGCGCAGACGAUUGUGGGAGCAUGCAAGGCGUUCCUGUAUCAGUCGUUUUGAGUGGUUGUGGCCGGAAAACGUUCAGCGAAGUGUCUCACCACAGCAACAAAAGCGGUUCGAGGUUCAAUAAUUACCCGCCAUAUUCGUCUAGGCAGCGAGCCCUGAUGCGCACCACUUGUUCGUCCAACGGCUAUCACUACGUGGACCCUACGAUCAUCGGGCCAAUGACCAACAGCUACACCAACGGCUACGGCCGAGAUUGUGCGCCGCCAGACGUGGUCGGUCAGCAGCAAAGGUCGCCGUGCUACACCGAGGCGGGUGCCGUCGGGAGCACUCAGAACAUCUCGUGAACGUUUUUUUCGACCGAUUUUUCGUUUUAAAUAGAAAACUAUAACUCCGCAGACGACCUCGGCCGCCGCCGACCCCGGGCAGCAGGGUGUGCCCGUAACCCCAUAGCCGUGCGACGAGUCGCGUUCACACGAUAUCAUAAAAGUAUUAAAAAAAAAAAAUUGAAAAAAAUAAUACCUGUGCGCCGUAAUGUUAUGUGUGUUUGUCACGCUCGCCGUCGAUCGGUGUCGUCCAGCGGUGGUGAUUCCGACGACCAUUAUAAUAACAAUAAUAUUAUAUUAUUAUUAUGACGCCGGGCUGAAGUGUGUGGUAUGGUUACCUCGUUUUUCGACCGCCUCUUACAUACCGUGGCGAAUAGUGUAUACAGUCGUGUUGUACUCGACUUAUUGACACCCACCAUCCCCAUCAUACACACCCCUCCCCCCCGGCACUGAUUCACGUACACCCAGGGCCCCGAGAGUGAAACAUAUCAUUAUAUCAUUCGCCCGUUUCCGACCUAUAUAUAUAUAUAAAUAUUAUACGAGUCUCCACUUUCGGCGUCGUAACAAUAAUAAUUAUUAUUAUUAUUACUGUCGUACGACAAGCACGGUUUCCGAACGAUAUGAUAUUUUUUAUUGCUGUGCUAUAAUACUCGUCGUCGACGGUUUAAUGUUGUAUUACUAUUAUUAUAUAUUAUUAUGAUUACCUGUAUUAUUAUAUUAUUAUUAUUAUUAUUAUUAUUAUUAUUAUGUAAUGUAAUGAAAAAAAAAAUUUAAAAACAAUGUUAUUACACAAUUUACGUGCGUAUACGACGGAAUAUUGUGCCGGUUAUUAGACCCCGACGCGUUUAUGUAAAUCUAUAAUAGUGCCAAUGUAUAUUUUGUAUUUCAACUACUACUACGUGUAAAUUUUAAAUAAAACCUUCCAUUUGUUAUUUAUAAAA